AUGCUGCGCACUUAUAAGCCCAGGACGCCGGGUGUACGACAUCUGCGACGACCGAUAAACGAUCACCUGUGGAAGGGACGGCCGUUUCUCCCUCUGACAAUUCCGAAAAAGGGCCAGGGCAAGGGAGGACGAAACGUCUAUGGUAGAAUUACCGUAAGACACCGGGGAGGAGGUGCCAAGAGGAGGAUACGAACUGUUGAUUUCAUACGAUGGCGCCCUGGACCACACUUGGUAGAGCGAAUCGAAUACGACCCUGGACGCAGUGCUCACAUUGCCCUGGUCACGGAGCAAGCUACGGGACGCAAGUCGUACAUCAUUGCCGCAGAUGGACUGAGAGCCGGCGACAUUGUACACAGUUAUCGCGCUGGUAUCCCUCAGGAUCUGCUCGACAGCAUGGGUGGUGUUAUUGAUCCGGGUAUCCUUGCAGCCAAAACUGCUUUCCGAGGAAAUUGCUUGCCGAUGCACAUGAUUCCCGUUGGCACAACGGUAUUUUGUGUCGGCUCAGCGGCAAAGAGAGGUGCCGUCUUCUGCAGGAGUGCGGGUACAUCUGCCACAGUUGUAAACAAGAACGAAGAGACAAAAGAUGACGGUACCAAGAUUAUGACUGGCAAGUAUGUCGAGGUUCGGCUCCAGAGCGGCGAGGUCCGUCGGGUGAGCAAAGAUGCAUGUGCCACCAUUGGAGUGUCUAGCAAUAUUCACCACCACUACCGCCAGCUGGGUAAGGCUGGUAGAAGCCGGUGGUUGAACAUUCGGCCUACCGUUCGUGGUGUGGCGAUGAACAAAGUUGAUCACCCUCACGGUGGUGGCCGAGGAAAGUCAAAGGGUAAUCGUCACCCCGUGACCCCUUGGGGCCGACCGACCAAGAGCGGUUACAAGACUCGUCGCACGCACAACGUCAACAAGUGGGUUGUGACACCUCGGCCUCGCAACCACGGCAAGCGGAGAGACAAGAGGUCGUCAAAGGAGUAA